GAGAAUGAAGAGAGAAGAAAAAGAAGAGGCGGAUUGCUUGUUUAUGCUGCUGCAUCCGUCCUGGUGUUGCUGAGGAGGGAGGCGGGGGGGGGGGGGUUGUGAAUGACUGAAGCAGCAGAGCAGCUGAGUGAGACUAACAAGUGGUUGCCAUGCAGCAGGAGCAAGCGUGCGUGCUUCUGGAGGGAGAGAUAGAGAAACAGAAUGAUAAUGAGUAGGAGGCAGCAAGUAAGGGGGCACGAGGAGAGGAGCUGUAUCUCUGAGAAGAGACACAUAUCAUAGCUUGAUCCAGCCUCUGCCUCGCUUCUCCCGUUUCUCUCUUUAUCUCACGCUUCUUUUUUUUUUAAUUUUUAGAUGUUUAGAUGAGAGGUUAGGGUAGCACAUCCAGUAUGCCGGCAAUGGAUGGAUUAAUGGAUAUGUGUCUGAGGACUCCAAGAAAGAGGAGUUGUUCGCGAGAAACAGCAGCAACAGGUCUGUAAGGAUGGAACGAUAAUGACGGUGAGACGCCUGCUUUUUCUUCCUUAGACAUCCUCACUAGAGGAUCUGUCAAUGCAGUCUCUCUCUCUCUUUCACCCUACCUCACUCCCUCUCUCUCUCUGUCUCUCACACCAUGCAUAUUUGUGCAGUGUCCUCACCAUUCUACUUCCUUCUCCCUCGUCUGUCUUUCCCAAUUCUCUCUGUUCACCCCCCCAUCCCUGUCUGUAUGUACCCUCCCUCUCUCAUCGAACCUCCCUCACCCCCCUCUCUCACUCGAGCCACCUGCUGCUUGUGUUCAUCGAAAGAUCUGGGAGGAAAAGAAUGACAGAAGCAGACUUCUACUUGUGUGACCACCCCAAUUUUGUGAUUAUGUUUGGUCAAUCACCGUCGCUUUCUUGUCUAAUGGAAUUACACUGUCUGCCAGGCAUCUGCUCGCACGCAACAGGUAACAUGCAGGCUUCUAAACGCCUGACCCUAUCAGAGGAGAGAUGAGGCACCUAGAUGUUGGUUUACCAUGUGUAGCGUCCACUACAACCACUCCCUUGCUGCCAUGAGCGGAAACGACAUGAUGGCGCACUCUCUGACUCUGGAGCAGAAGACGGCAUUUGCCUUCGUGGGGAUGUUACUGGUGUUCCUUGGGCUGCUGAUAGUAAGGUGUUUCAGGAUCCUGCUGGACCCCUACAGCAGUAUGCCUUCCUCCAACUGGGCUGAUGGUAUCGAGGGACUGGAGAAAGGGACGUUUGAGUACGCCCUUACUUAACACAGGGACACACACACAUCCAUAGAUGUCCUCACAAACAGAACUGCCUAUAGACACACAUUUGCACACAAAUACACUAACACACAUGCAAACACACACAAGCCACAGCCCUGCACAACCACUGCACCUGACACUGACACACCAUUAAGACAUCUCUCUGUGAUGGACUGAACCAAGAGACUGAAACUGUGUACAUUUAAUGUGUGUGUGUGUGUGUGUGUGCUGUUAGUUCAGAGCCAGUGUAGAGUCUCUCUACUGUAUGUGACUACUUGUCUGUUGUUGUAUGUGUGUGUGUGUGUGUGUGUCUGAGUGAGUGCGAGGCAGAUGCUGUGUCAUAUUCUUUGCCCUUUUGCCAGGGAGGGUGUGCAUUUCAGCCCAUCAAUUUACACAGAAAAUGGCUGAAGCUCCCUUUAACCCACACCUACAAGUUGAAUGUCUGUAGAUGAUAAAGAGGUGGUAAGAGGUCGACGCUCGUGGGACAGGGUGGGGAAUUAGGGUGCAGUGGGAUUAUUCAGAUGUAGUUUGAAGACUCAGGGACAAGAUGUGAAAACAGAGCGGUCACACCUCUGCACAGCAGAGCUGUUCUGCACAAGAAUGUAUAUGGUUGGAAACAGGGUAUUAUGUCAAACUAGUGCUUUGUGGACUAAUCAAAUCCAGUGUGUUGGUGAUCCAAAGGAAUAUUGCUGCUGCUGCUGCUCCUGCUGUGUGUGUACAGAUUGGUCCUUUCUGUGGUGUGAAAGGAAACUGAACAAACUGUGAUUUACAUUAUGGUGUUACUGUUUCUAAUUGAUGCAAAAACAACUCUCAGAGUUUGUACUGCUGCUGUCUUUGAGUGAUGGUAUACCGUAUGUUGCCAGAAUUACUUGUCUGAGUGAAAGGGAAAAAAAACAAAACAACACAACUGUUUACUUUUGACGGCAUGUCUGCAAAGACAUAUGAUAAUGUUGAUUUAUGGACUGCCAAUUGUUCCGUCUGUCGAGCGUUCUGUCUAAAGGUUGGCUGAUGCAAUCAAGCCAAAGAACUUUUAAAGGAAAUGAGGAUUACAAACUGGGAAGGACUCUCUCUCAGCGCUGCUAGUUUUCUAAUGACAAGGAUAAACUCUCACUACCUGCCUGCAGAGGAAAAGGUCACAUGGAAAACAGGGGUGGGAUGUCUGUCAGCACUGCACCUGAACAUCUUUUUCCUCCUGUUCUCAGCCAUCCUCACCCUCUCUCACCUGCUCUCUUCCUUCCAGACAGAGGAAGACAGGACAGUCGUAAAUAGAGAUUCUAUAAUACGGCAGACUGGUCAAAGUCUUGAGUGUUCCUUUGCUCAUUUCUACGGUCUACGGUUUCUCCUUAGUGCUGUGAAUCUGCCUUACUGUGACCUUCAAUGGGUUUAUGUGCCUUCAUCUAGAAACAUUAGAGCACCUGUUUGUGUGUGCGUGUGUGUGUGUGUGUGUGUGUGUGAGUGUGAGGUGUGUGGGCGAGUGUGGCAUAUCAUGAUGACAGAUAGCGCAUCUCCUGACCUGUUGCUUGCUCAGCUGGUG